AUGCACGAGUUACGUAAAGCAGCUCUCCAGCUACUAUCGACAUAUCGCGAUCACGACAAGCUGCAAGUACUAUUCCAGAGUUAUGUGGAUCCUCCAGAAUCCGCUCGUUGGUUUUUGUUCGUAUACUGUCACACCGCGUUGGGGGUCGCGCUUGGCCAGCGCGUCUAAUGCAAUGGACGGACUGGGAUCGGAGUGAAAGGAGAAUAUACAACUCCAGAGACUAUCAUAUCCCUGGACCAAUAGCGAAUGGUAGCGAAUCUGCCGUUUGUCGCCCAUGUGGGCUGUACUUCACGCACUACCUCACCAACUCCUUAUGCAAACGCCGCUUAGUUCGCCACCCAGGCGUCCGAUGCCUGCUUUUCCGUGCAUCACCCUGAUAGAAAUAUAGAAACAACCACUUGUCUCGGGAGCUGGUUGCGGUUGAAUCAUACUCGAGAUUCAAGGAAGCACCGUGUCGAACCAUAUCAGUUAGGCGUUGUGUAGAUGGAUCAUCUGUAUGAUUAAGAGAAUAAGGUUGCAUGCGAUCGCAACAGUGCAAGUAGAAUGAUGUCUGUAGUCCCUGGUGCCGAUUCCCGUAGCUUAGAGGAGGGGAAUCUGGGGCCAACGAAUCGUGGCCCUCCUCAAAUAUCCUUUCAACAACGAUUCUGGAGUGCCGAUCUCGCUCCUAAUGUCGAUGAAGCUCUCGAAGCAUCAGACGAACAUAACGUCGUGCGUGUUACUAUGUACCAUGAUCCUUCUAUGACUAGUCUCUGUGGGUGGGGGGGCGAAAUUGAGGUUUCUGUGCACCCCCAGUUGCAUCAAGGCGUAGAAUCUAUCCCUUCAAGUUGUUCAAAUAUUGACAGUGCGCAAGCGAUCGAUCCAUCUCCACGUAAUACUCCUUCUCAAGCUGGAACGCAGCGCAGUACUGAAGCAGCACAAUUGGCUUCUCCAAAAGUUGCUGAUAUUAUUCGCCGUAAUUCAACUACUGAUGGGAAUGGAGUCCACAGAAAAUCAAGUAUAGAAACCUCUAAAUUUACACAAAAUAUCGAGUCUGACAGUACUAGCGUAGUUGUCUCCAGAGCAAGUGUGCCGGGAGAGACGAGGGUAAGUAUUCAUUGCGCAGAACAACCAUGCAACAGCACAAGUAGACGACCCUGUCAGUCCCAGCCUACAUCACCGGUAGCUCACAGACAAGCUCAAUGCAGAGCUCCACAUGAGUUUGCCCAUUCCGGACCUUUAUCUCAAGCGCACAUGAACAGCACACUCGAAAGUAGUCCCUGCACGUUUCUUUCUAAUCCAAACGAGUUCCCAGGCCAACAACGGGGUCGCUCCUGUGACAACUUGAUAGCCUCAACUGAGACCAGUACGCAACCAGAAGGUCCUCGCACCCGCAAGGGUAACUACGGACUGUUUCGGACGCGUUCUACGUCUGGCUCCAGGGGAAAUUCUCUUACAAACGUGGAACAGGAUGGCAGGGCAGGCAACGCUCAAAACGGAGAGAUUCAACUCUUUGAAGAGGAGAAGACGCCGAAGAAUGUCAGUGCCGGACUCUAUUUCGACGCGCUGAAAGGACCCGAACUCGAAACUCCGAGGGAAUCGGAGGAUUUGCUACUCCCUCGCGAGGAGCUGUGGCCGUUCCUACUUAGAUUCCCAAUUGGCGCGUUUCGUAUUGGCUUGGGGCUGGGGUGUCAAAGCGUCUUGUGGAGAGACUUGUCUGGAGUGGACUCUAUGAGUGCAUUACAUAUUCCACACACCAUCCAUGUGGGCAUCUGGUGGGUUGCUCUCGCCACUCUUGUUGUCAACUCUGCCAUCUACCUUGCCAAGUGUGCGGUAUACUUCGAGGCAGUGCGGCGGGAAUUCCACCACCCUGUGCGAAUCAACUACUUCUUCACGCCGUGGAUCACGGGCAUGUUCCUCGCCCAAACUUUCUCUCUGGGAGAUGGAGUCGUGAGCUCGACGGUGUUGGCGGUCUUAAUCGUCCCCAUCGUAGUUCUCGAACUGAAGAUCUACGGCCAAUGGUUCUCUGGCGGCGAACGGCGCCUCUCUAAAAUAGCAAAUCCGUCCACACAUCUGGCGGUGGUGGGCAACUUCGUGGCUGCGAAACUGUCGAGCUACGUGGGAUUUGCCGAGAUAGCCGUCUUGCUGUGGGCAAUCGGUUUUGCUCACUACUUAGUCCUCUUCGUGACGCUCUAUCAGCGACUGCCAAGCUCAAAUGUCACCCUUGCCAGAGAACUCCAUCCCAUAUAUUUCCUCUUCGUGGCUGUUCCUAGUAGCGCCAGCGUCUCGUGGAAGUACAUCUCUGGCUCCUUCGGCAAUGUUUCCAAAAUCUUUUUCUUCAUCUCACUAUUCAUCUACGCCCUGCUGGGUGUCCGAUUGAACUUUUUUCGCGGCGCUAGAUUUUCAGUGGCGUGGUGGGCGUACUCAUUUCCGAUGACAGCAGCGGCAAUUGCCUCCAUCCACUACUCCCAACAAGUUCCAAGCUACAUCUCAAAAGGAAUUGCCAUUUUCCUCUCUGUUGUAGCGUCCGUGACUGUACUCAUCCUGUUUUGUUUGACGUUUCUGCACGCUGUGGUGUGGAGGUCUCUAUUUCCGAACGAUAUGGCUAUAGCUAUCGCAACUACCAAGCACCACGGUAAACUUGUGAUACGGAAGAAGAAUAGUAGCCCGACUAGACAUUACCCUGGGCUGCUGACAUCAGGUGAUGACAAGUUUCGUACAGCACCUGAUUUUACGGUUGAAGUGCUUCAAAGCAAAACCCCGUCGCAUAAUCUGACGAAACUAUUCUCGAUUAAGAGCGGAAAUGUAGCCACUAUGAUGGAUAGGUAACGUCUUCAGAAGCCCAACUGUAUUUAAAACAGACGUGGAGUGUACAGUGGGGUACAGAAAUAAUUCGAAUUUUUUUCUAGAGCACCACUUUUGCUAAAAAAAUCUUGUUGUUCAAUUGAAUGUUGUGAUCAUGUUGGAAGGAAUUUUUCCCCGACACUUGGCCAUCUAUUUUUGGAGUGCAA